AUGACCGACUACAUCGACAACUGCGUCCAUGACCUAGAGAACCUACGCGUUAUUCCCUUUUGCGGAAUCUGCGCCGCCACAUGGCGAGACCAGCCUGAGACUAGCGUUCAGAUCGAGCCAUGUGGUCACAAAUUCCAUCGAGAGUGUCUCUUAGAUCGUUUCAACAGCACCACGCCGCAGCGCAAUCUGUGCCCAAAUUGCGAAGUCGAACUCUUCAGGCUGAACGCGCUGGAUCCAGAGCAACUGGCGAAGUUGAAGGCUGAGAAUUACGAUGGCUGGUUCAAUGUCCAGGGUUACAAGAAUCUCAUGGUAAUUGCAGACGCGCUUUUUGCGGACGAAGUGCGGAUGCGCUGGCGUAUUCGCAACUGGAACGGUGUCCUUGGGGAGGCGACAGAGGUUUACUGGAGGUACCAUCCCUACCAGUGGAUCUGUGCGACUCACAUGGAGCAAAACAGCUUAUGGACAUACAUGGAGGUCGCUCAACGCCUGCUCGAACGCAUGGUGGACGAGGGUGUGCCGCCGUGGUCUUGGUGUGCUAGGACUACUCGCGCUGCGAUUACUUCCAUCAACCUCGACCUCGGACGGCUGGUCCCGGUCGAUAUGAUUCCUCAACAGGAUUGUGGUUUUGCCAAACCUGCGGACGCUGCGAACUACCCAGCUCAGCCAUCUCCCCGGCGCACUCCAAGUUCGGAAGAAUCGUAUUCCGAGGGCCGUCCAGUGGGGAACGAAUCGUCUGCGGUAAACGAAAACGCUAACUUCGAUAGUGUUUUCGACAUCGAAGAGGUGGAUAGCGAAUCCGAGGCUGAGACUGCCGAAGACACCGCCCAUCAGCGCGCCGCUCGCCGCCGCAAUAUGCAGGAGGCCCGGGACUGGAUUCGGCAGUCCCGUACCAUUGUAACAGAGUUUCGCAACGUCUAUGAGGUCGACCUCGCUGACGGCCAAUACGAGCUUAGGGAUCGGGAGGGAAGGGUCUUUGCAUCUGUCCCCAAUGCAGAAGGCUACUUCGUCAUUGGAGAUCUCGCUAUCUUCUACCGCGCGCCGUAGCUAGACUAUCGGCUCGCAGUGCCGGGAAUGGAGAAUGGGAGCGAGGACGGCACAGUUUUUGCAACGUUGGGAAAUGGGGAGUGGACUCAUGGAGG